CACAGAUGCUCUAAACAAGGAUAGUCCUCUAAACACCAUCGUUGGAAAUGUAAAUUGAUACUGGCCAGCGGCCACUUCUAGAGAAAGCUUGCCAUAAGCAUAUAAGAACACAACACCAAUUGGUCAUCUUCCCAUUUUGGGUCAGGUACCGACUACCCAAUCAAGAUGGUCGCGUCCAUAGAAGAUCGGCUCGGCUAUGUUGGUUGUCAGUUGUCACCAACUAUAUGGCGUUCUUUACGCGGUGGCGGUGGCACCCUUAGUUUACAAUCCAUGUGGAGGUGGAAAAGAAGGGACGCGGGGCUGGAGCGGUUGUUCACCAUUUGUACAUGGUGUAACAUCAUCUGUACAAGGUGUAACAAUAGAACAACAGCGAGUAACAAUAGAACAACAUUUUUAUGGGUCUCACACGACGUGAAAAUCGAGUUACAAGACGUGAUCUGAGCUGCACAAAUUUUUGAAACCUCAUCCAGACCGUGAACUGCCUGGGACCGUCCAGGCCCCUCGUCCGAAAAGAAGAGGGGAGACUUGCAUGGCAGGACAGACAGGGACUGGGAAAGUAAAUGCCAUCGAGUGUGACAUUUGUCGGCCUAAACGAGGAGAUGACAUGUUGAGCAAUCCAAGAAAAAGAAGCAGUACAAAAGGCUCAAGCAGCAAAGCAAGGCAAAUUUGUUACUCCUACUAUAGCAGACGGAAGUCAUGAAAGGGAGGAUGAGGCUGUCCAGAAUCGGAACAAAUUCGUGCACGCUGAUGCUUCUGCUGAUCAUACUCUCGGAGUUGGCCUGGCCAUCACUAGCCUGCUCUUCUGAUACAAGCAAUUGUAGUCAGUGCAUCGCUAAUGGCAUGAAGUUCAACUGCCCCGGGUGUGUGCCAAUCAUGCGUUGCAUGGCCAAGUGUUUGUGGGGUGGCACUUCUCGUACCAAAUGCAUGAAGAAAUGUGAUUGCAAUACUGACUACCCAAAGCUCGCUGAUUGCAAAAAAUGCUUAUCCCGGUGCAAGUGCAGCUGCUCUGCCUAGAUGUGUACGGUAGCCAUGUUUCAGGAGCACACCUGUGUUCAAUUUGAUGUAUUUCUGCUGUUAAAUUUGUGUGGAUUCUCGCAACAGUUGUGUGGAUGUAUUCCUCGUGUGAUCAUAGGCUUUGUAAGGUA